AUGCUCGCGAAUCUCUUGCCUCCCCGCGCGGCCGCCUCUCGCCUCCCCGCGCAGCCUCCUCCCGCCAUCCCUCGCGCGCCCCUCUCGCCUCCCCGCGCGUGCUCCUCUCUUCUCACCUACUCGUUCUCCUCUUGCCUCCCCUCGCGCGCCCCUCAAGCCCCCCCGCGCGUGCUCCUCUCUCCUCACCUACUCGUUCUCCUCUCGCCUCCCCUCGCGCGCCUCUCAAGCCUCCCCGCGCGUGCUCCUCUCUCCUCACCUACUCGUUCUCCUCUCUCUUCACCUUGCAUGCCUCCCACGCCUCCCCGCGCGUGCUCCUCACUCCUCACCCUGCGUGCUCCUCUCGCCUCCCCGCGCGUGCCCCUCUCUCCUCACCUCCAAUGCUCUUCGAUCGCCAACCUUGCGCGUGCCCCUCUCUCCUCACCCUGCGUGGGCUCCCCUCUCCUCACCUUGCGUGCUCCCCUCUCCUCACCUUGCGUGCUCCCUCUCCUCACCUUGCGUGCUCCCCUCUCCUCACCUUGCGUGCUCCCUCUCCUCACCUUGCGUGCUCCCUCUCCUCACCUUGCGUGCUCCCCUCUCCUCACCUUGCGUGCUCCCCUCUCCUCACCUUGCGUGCUCCCCUCUCCUCACCUUGCGUGCUCCCCUCUCCUCACCUUGCGUGCUCCCUCUCCUCACCUUGCGUGCUCCCCUCUCCUCACCUUGCGUGCUCCCCUCUCCUCACCUUGCGUGCUCCCUCUCCUCACCUUGCGUGCUCCCCUCUCCUCACCUUGCGUGCUCCCCUCUCCUCACCUUGCGUGCUCCCCUCUCCUCACUUUGCGUGCUCCCUCUCCUCACCUUGUGUGCUCCCCUCUCCUCACCUUGCGUGCUCCCCUCUCCUCACCUUGCGUGCUCCCCUCUCCUCACCUUGCGUGCUCCCCUCUCCUCACCUUGCGUGCUCCCCUCUCCUCACCUUGCCGUGCUCCCCUCUCCUCACCUUGCGUGCUCCCCUCUCCUCACCUUGCGUGCUCCCUCUCCUCACCUUGCGUGCUCCCCUCUCCUCACCUUGCGUGCUCCCCUCUCCGCACCUUGCGUUCUCCCUCUCCUCACCUUGCGUGCUCCCUCUCCUCACCUUGCGUGCUCCCCUCUCCUCACCUUGCGUGCUCCCCUCUCCUCACCUUGCGUGCUCCCUCUCCUCACCUUGCGUGCUCGAGUCUCCUCACCUUGCGUGCUCCCCUCUCCUCACCUUGCGUGCUCCCCUCUCCUCACCUUGCGUGCUCCCCUCUCCUCACCUUGCGUGCUCCCUCUCCUCACCUUGCGUGCUCCCCUCUCCUCACCCUGCGUGGGCUCCCCUCUCCUCACCUUGCGUGCUCCCCUCUCCUCACCUUGCGUGCUCCCUCUCCUCACCUUGCGUGCUCCCCUCUCCUCACCUUGCGUGCUCCCCUCUCCUCACUUUGCGUGCUCCCUCUCCUCACCUUGCGUGCUCCCUCUCCCUGCGUGCUCCCCUCUCCUCACCUUGCGUGCUCCCCUCUCCUCACCUUGCGUGCUCCCUCUCCUCACCUUGCGUGCUCCCCUCUCCUCACCUUGCGUGCUCCCCUCUCCUCACCUUGCGUGCUCCCCUCUCCUCACCUUGCGUGCUCCCCUCUCCUCACCUUGCGUGCUCCCUUCUCCUCACCUUGCGUGCUCCCCUCUCCUCACCUUGCGUGCUCCCUCUCCUCACCUUGCGUUCUCCCUCUCCUCACCUUGCGUGCUCCCCUCUCCUCACCUUGCGUGCUCCCUCACCUCACCUUGCGUGCUCCCCUCUCCUCACCUUGCGUGCUCCCCUCUCCUCACCUUGCGUGCUCCCCUCUCCUCACCUUGCGUGCUCCCUCUCCUCACCUUGCGUGCACCCCUCUCCUCACCUUGCGUGCUCCCCUCUCCUCACCUUGCGUGCUCCCCUCUCCUCACCUUGCGUGCUCCCCUCUCCUCACCUUGCGUGCUCCCCUCUCCUCACCUUGCGUGCUCCCUCUCCUCACCUUGCGUGCUCCCCUCUCCUCACCUUGCGUGCUCCCCUCUCCUCACCUUGCGUGCUCCCCUCUCCUCACCUUGCGUGCUCCCCUCUCCUCACCUUGCGUGCUCCCCUCUCCUCACCUUGCGUGCUCCCCUCUCCUCACCUUGCGUGCUCCCCUCUCCUCACCUUGCGUGCUCCCUCUCCUCACCUUGCGUGCUCCCCUCUCCUCACCUUGCGUGCUCCCCUCUCCACACCUUGCGUUCUCCCUCUCCUCACCUUGCGUGCUCCCUCUCCUCACCUUGCGUGCUCCCCUCUCCUCACCUUGCGUGCUCCCCUCUCCUCACCUUGCGUGCUCCCUCUCCUCACCUUGCGUGCUCGAGUCUCCUCACCUUGCGUGCUCCCCUCUCCUCACCUUGCGUGCUCCCCUCUCCUCACCUUGCGUGCAGAAUUCAGGAUGGUUGAGAGGGAACUGA